AUGGCGCCCACCCUGGUUGCUGCCAUUGACCUGGCCACGUACAAGCAACAGACCCAAGGUCUUGAUGUCCAGGCCCUGUCUUUUGUUGGAAAUGUAUUCUUCCGAGUCACCGAUGACAGCGUCGACGAUGCCCUUUCCCACCUAAAGCAGUCUGUCGGCCGCUUCGCCAACUAUGUCCAUGUGUCCUCGCUCACAUCCAUUGACGAUGUUGUUUCCAUCCUCGAUGCCGGCGCCGCAAACGUCUUUGUCACUCGUCAGCAGUUGGACCAGCUCAAGGCCUUGCAUAUCGACCAGAACAGGACGGUUCUAUGUUUGCCUGGAAAUACUACUUCAGAUGACGAUUCGAAGGCACAGACCACUGUCUACUUGGAACAGGUCGAAAAUAUCGACCAAGUGCAGGCGGCGCUCAAUGGCGGCAAGACGAGCGCUUUCGUCUCGUUCGCAAACCCAGACACCGACAAGGUGCUUGCGCUCGCAAACAUGCCUGCUGUACCCAUCGUGGCCGCCGAGAAGCUUACCGUCGAUCCUGCGAAACAGACUGGCGCCUUGAGCGUCGCCAAGCUGCUCAUGGCCAAUGCGACAAGCGACCGACCCGAUGGCCUGUUCACUACUCUAGUAACCGACGAGCGGGGCGUCGCCCUUGGACUUGUGUACAGCAGUGAAGAGAGUGUAGCCGAGAGUCUGAAGACUGGCCGGGGCGUAUACCAGAGCCGAAAGAGGGGUCUGUGGUACAAGGGCGAGAGCAGCGGCGACGUUCAAGAGCUUGUGUCAUUGUCGUUGGAUUGCGAUAGUGAUUGCUUGCAGUUUGUCGUUCGCCAAAAGGGUCGCGGUUUCUGCCACCUUGCGACACCCACCUGCUUCGGCGACUACAGCGGCCUGUCAAAGCUGCAGAAAACACUGCAAAGCCGCAAGGAGUCGGCCCCAGAAGGCUCAUAUACCGCCCGCCUGUUCAACGACGCACAGCUGCUGAGGGCUAAGAUACUCGAGGAAGCUACCGAACUCUGCGACGCAAACACCAAGGAAGAAAUCGCAUUCGAGGCUGCCGAUCUCUUCUACUUUGCCCUGACCAAAUGCAUUGCUGCUGGUGUAUCGUUGGAAGAUGUCGAGCGCAACCUUGAUGCUAAGAGCAUCAAAGUCAAGAGGCGGCAAGGCGACGCAAAGCCAGCCUUUGUCGCGCAAGCAGCGACAAAUGGCGCGCCAGAUGACUCAACCACCAAGGAGAUUGUUAAGGAAGCCGCUUCAGUCCCCAAGAGCAAAGACGACCCGGCCGGUACAAAGGACGGCCGCAUCGCCAUGAAGCGCUACGUUACUGCCAACGAAACCCCAGAGACUAUUGCUGCUGCGCUGCAACGCCCAUCUCAACGCUCAACCGACAAGAUUCUGGGCAUCUGCCGACCUAUUAUCGAAGCUGUCAAGACUCGCGGUGAUGCUGCUUUACUAGAGUACACGCACAAGUUCGAAAAGGCAACAUCAUUAGCCUCGCCCGUGCUCAAGGCGCCAUUCCCUCCCGAGCUCAUGGAACUGGCACCGGAGACGGCCAAAGCCAUUGACGUAUCUUUUGAAAACAUCAGAAAGUUCCACGCUGCCCAAAAGGAAGACAAGCCUCUGCGAGUCGAAACCAUGCCGGGCAUUGUAUGUUCUCGCUUCGCACGUCCUAUUGAGAGAGUAGGCCUGUACGUGCCUGGCGGUACUGCUGUGCUUCCAUCUACAGCGCUCAUGCUGGGCGUGCCCGCCAUGGUAGCCGGUUGCAAAAAGAUUGUCCUCGCCACGCCACCACGGUCAAACGGCAAAGUGACUCCCGAAGUGGUCUACGUCGCGCACAAGGUUGGCGCAGAAUCCAUCGUUCUCGCCGGCGGUGCGCAAGCCGUAGCAGCAAUGGCGUACGGCACCGAGAGCGUGACAAAGGUAGACAAGAUCCUGGGUCCUGGUAACCAGUUCGUUACAGCUGCCAAGAUGCACGUCUCCAACGACACAAAUGCUGGUGUUAGCAUCGACAUGCCCGCAGGACCAAGCGAAGUCCUCGUUGUCGCCGAUGCGUCGGCAAACCCAGCUUUCGUCGCUUCAGAUCUCCUCAGCCAGGCCGAGCACGGCGUAGACUCUCAAGUCAUUUUGAUCGCUGUCGGACUCAACGACGCUCAGCUCACGGCUAUUGAAGAUGAGCUACACAAGCAGGCCACGGCUCUACCGCGUGUGGACAUUGUGCGUGGCGCUAUCGAACACUCAUUUACCCUCUCUGUUGCCACCAUGGACGAGGCCAUGCAGCUAAGCAAUCAGUACGCCCCUGAGCAUCUUAUUCUGCAAGUCGAGAACGCAGAAAAGGUUGCCGAAAUGGUCGAGAACGCAGGAAGUGUCUUUAUUGGCGAAUGGACGCCGGAAAGUGUGGGCGACUACUCUGCUGGUGUCAACCACUCUCUACCAACCUACGGCUACGCUAAGCAGUACUCCGGUGUUAACCUCGCAUCCUACGUCAAGCACAUUACUAGCUCCCACCUUACCCGCCAGGGUCUCGAGAACGUCGGUCCUGCCGUCAUGGAGUUGGCGCGUGUCGAGGAGCUGGAGGCUCACCGACGAGCUGUUAGUAUGCGGUUGGGUGUUGCUUAG